GGCUUCUUCUCACCUCUCCCCAGGUGUCCGUGCUCGGCCACUUCCCCGCUGCAGCUCCCUCCACUACACCUCACCCAGGCACUGGGACCUCGGGUGGCUGCCUGCCCCUAGCUGAGGCCGCACCUGUGAAGAGGUCGGGCACCCUGUCCUCCCGGCACGACAGGCGGGAUGGGCGACAUGGCCAACAGUUCCAUCGAGUUUCACCCCAAGCCCCAGCAGCAGCGGGAGGCCCCCCAUGCGGGCGGCUUUGGGUGCACACUGGCUGAGUUGCGUUCCCUCAUGGAGCUCCGAGGGGCUGAGGCGCUGCAGAAGGUCCAGGAAGCCUACGGGGACGUCAGUGGGCUUUGCAGGAGGCUGAAGACCUCGCCCACAGAGGGCCUGGCCAACAAUGCCAAUGACUUGGAAAAGCGCAGGCAGAUCUAUGGGCAGAACUUCAUCCCUCCCAAGCAGCCCAAGACCUUCCUGCAACUGGUGUGGGAGGCCCUGCAGGAUGUGACGCUAAUCAUCCUGGAGGUAGCCGCCAUCGUCUCCCUGGGCCUUUCAUUCUAUGCACCGCCCGGAGAGGAGAGCGAAGCAUGCGGGAACGUGUCAGCUGGGGCAGAAGACGAAGGGGAGGCCGAGGCAGGCUGGAUCGAGGGAGCCGCCAUCCUGUUGUCGGUCACCUGCGUGGUGCUGGUCACGGCUUUCAAUGACUGGAGCAAGGAGAGGCAGUUCCGGGGCCUGCAGAGCCGCAUCGAACAGGAACAGAGGUUCUCCGUCAUCCGGGACGGCCAGCUGCUGCAGGUUCCGGUGGCCGCACUGGUGGUGGGCGACAUCGCACAGGUCAAGUACGGAGACCUGCUACCUGCUGAUGGCGUGCUCAUCCAAGGCAAUGACCUCAAGAUCGAUGAGAGCUCCCUGACAGGCGAGUCGGACCACGUGCGCAAAUCAGCUGACAAAGACCCCAUGCUGCUCUCAGGUACCCAUGUCAUGGAAGGUUCUGGAAGAAUGGUGGUGACUGCUGUCGGUGUCAACUCCCAGACAGGAAUCAUCUUUACCUUGCUUGGAGCUGGUGGGGAGGAAGAGGAGAAGAAGGAUAAGAAAGGCAAGCAGCAGGAUGGGGCGAUGGAGAGUAGCCAGACCAAAGCCAAGAAGCAGGACGGGGCAGUUGCCAUGGAAAUGCAGCCCCUGAAGAGUGCGGAGGGUGGGGAGACUGAGGAACGGGAGAAGAAGAAAGCCAGCGUGCCCAAGAAGGAGAAGUCGGUCCUGCAGGGCAAGCUCACCAAACUGGCCGUGCAGAUCGGGAAAGCAGGGCUGGUGAUGUCUGCCAUCACCGUCAUCAUCCUGGUCCUCUACUUUGUGAUUGAGACCUUCGUCGUGGAUGGCCGGGUGUGGCUGGCGGAGUGCACGCCCGUCUACGUGCAGUACUUUGUGAAGUUCUUCAUCAUCGGUGUCACUGUACUGGUUGUGGCCGUCCCGGAGGGCCUGCCUCUUGCCGUCACCAUCUCCUUAGCCUACUCUGUCAAGAAAAUGAUGAGGGACAACAACCUGGUCCGCCACCUGGACGCCUGCGAGACCAUGGGCAAUGCCACAGCCAUCUGCUCAGACAAGACGGGCACGCUCACCACCAACCGUAUGACCGUGGUCCAGUCCUACCUCGGGGACACCCACUACAAAGAGGUUCCGGCCCCCAGCACCCUGACCCCCAAGAUCCUCGACCUCCUGGUCCACGCCAUCUCCAUCAACAGUGCCUACACCACCAAAAUACUACCUCCAGAGAAGGAAGGCGCUCUCCCACGCCAAGUGGGCAACAAGACGGAGUGUGCUCUGCUGGGCUUUGUCCUGGACCUGAAGCGGGACUUCCAGCCUGUGCGGGAGCAGAUUCCGGAAGAUAAGCUUUACAAAGUGUACACCUUCAACUCGGUCCGCAAGUCCAUGAGCACAGUCAUCCGCAUGCCUGACGGCGGCUUCCGCCUCUUCAGCAAGGGUGCCUCGGAGAUCCUGCUGAAAAAGUGCACCAACAUCUUAAACAGCAACGGGGAGCCGCGCGGCUUCCGCCCUCGGGACCGGGACGACAUGGUGAAGAAGAUCAUUGAGCCCAUGGCUUGCGAUGGCCUCCGCACCAUAUGUAUUGCCUACCGGGACUUUUCUGCAGCUCAGGAGCCCGACUGGGACAAUGAGAACGAGGUCGUGGGCGACCUCACCUGCAUAGCCGUCGUGGGCAUCGAGGACCCCGUGCGGCCCGAGGUUCCUGAAGCUAUCCGCAAAUGCCAGCGUGCCGGCAUCACAGUCCGCAUGGUGACCGGGGACAACAUCAACACGGCCCGGGCCAUCGCGGCCAAGUGUGGCAUCAUCCAGCCCGGGGAGGACUUCUUGUGCCUGGAGGGAAAGGAGUUCAACCGGCGGAUCCGCAACGAGAAAGGCGAGGUAGUUCCUGGCUCUGCUGCUCUCCCACCUCAGCCCGGGGCUCUGGCUGCUGUGCGCCGGCGGUCUUCAGUCCUCAGCCAGCUCCAUGACGUAACCAAUCUUUCUACCCCUACUCACAUCCGGGUGGUGAAAGCGUUCCGUAGCUCGCUCUAUGAAGGCCUGGAGAAACCGGAAUCCAAGACCUCCAUUCAUAACUUCAUGGCGACGCCCGAGUUUCUGAUCAAUGACUACACCCACAACAUCCCACUCAUCGAUGACACGGACGUGGACGAGAACGAGGAGCGCCUGCGGGCCCCCCCGCCCCCGUCCCCCAACCAGAACAACAACGCCAUAGACAGCGGCAUCUACCUGACCACGCACGGCACCAAGUCAGCUACCUCGUCAGUGUUUUCUUCCAGACCUGGGAGCCCGCUCCACAGCGUGGAGACGUCCCUCUAGGGGACCCGCUCUCAGCACGCGCACACCACACGCACAGCGCGCUCGGGCGGGAUGGCGCAGGCCUGCAAGGAGGAUGGUGCCCCGACGGCGCUUGCGGGAAGCCCAUCCAUCCAAGGCUUCCUACCCGGGACUGAAGACGAAGAGGGAGAAACUAGAGAGUGACAAGAGCUGUGUUUCCCUUUUUUCUAUCGAAGCAUUUUUUUUUUUUUUUUAACGGACACUACAACUCCGCCAGACGGGUCGCUGUCUGGGCUGUGUGGUGGGGCAGGGGCCCGUUCGCUGGGAGCUCGGCGGCACCCUAGGGAGAGCCCUGCAGGGCCUGGAAGGAUGCCCAGCCCGGACCGCCCACCGCCGGGAGCUGCCUGCGGGUGUACCAGCGCCACCAAGCGCCCGUUCCCCGGGACACAUGUGCAGUCCGUAUGUGUGUGCGUGUGCAUAGAUAUGAGCGUGCGUAUAGACAUAUACGUACCUAUAUGACCAGAUGCAUAUUUAAAGAAUAAGGAGCUAUUUAUCAGCAUGAAUUUCCAUUCCUCUUAUCGGGUGUUUUCAUUUUGAAAUCUCAUUAUUUAUUGUGGCAGGUUUUUUUUCAGGGAACUAGACUGCAAGAAUAUCUUUUUGGUGGCUUGCCCCCCCCACUCGCUGCCCCCCACUUUCCGCCCAGCCUCCGUUCUCCAUCCCAGCCCUUCCUCCCCGCACAGUUCCCGAGGAUGUUGCACUUUGAGACCCCUGCCUACAGAGGAAAACAAAACAAAACAAAA